UUUUUUUUUUAUCUUUAUCUUAUUUACACGAGAAAAAUAUGCUAACAGAGGAAACAAUUGCACGAUUCAAAGCUUUUGAAAAGUACGACUUUGACAACGACGAGAGGUUCAAGGCGGGUAUCAACUCCCUCUUGAAUAACAAGUCAGAAGACCAAGACAAAUUGCUCAAAAAAGCCAAGUUGUUUUAUUAUACAAAGUUGAUUGAUCAUUUCGAAAUGCAAGAAUAUGAGGAUUGGAAAAAAGACCCCGUUGCCAUGGAGACCGUACCUGAAUCUGACUCUGAAAAACCAACAAGGUUCACGUUUCAGGAGCUUGUUGAUAUGAUUGAAAAAGGAAUUGAGAUUCCAGGCAUCAAACAAAUACCCAAUGUAUUGAAUGAAGGUACUCCAAGUGAGGCAAAGAUGACAGCACGCCCAAAACCGUGGGAAAUCAAGAAGGAGCAACAACAAGAACAAGGAGAAGACAGAGCCUAAAAUAAAUGCAUACACACAUGCAUAUAGUGUACAUAUAUUUAUAUAGUCUUUCUGGUUUAUUAUGAAUGUACAUCAAGCGGUAUAAUAUAUAUAUAUAUAUAUAUAUAUAUAGUGUAUAAAUAAUGUGUAUAAGUUUACAUUGCCAUUUGAUGGUGAAAUGACUCUGGGUCAGGUGUGCCGGGAACAGAGACGGAAUACUUUG